AUGCAGCAGUACGGGGGGCCCUGCGGCGGGCUCAGGCCUCCUACUGUCCCGCUUCCACCGACACCUGUUGGCAAAUACGGCAGCAGACAGGCGACGACUGUUCCGUAUGUCGGCGAGGGAGCGUACCACUCUAACAUCGAAAACCAGAGACCCACAGGCAACCUGACUCCGCGGCAUACAAGCACUGUGCCGUCCACGGGGGGUACCAGGGUCGCCCACGAUGAUCAAUCGGCUUCUGCAGCGCAACCUUCGUCUAGAGGAGCUGCGCCUCGGGCGCCGUCUGCCUCGUCGUCGGUUACGUUGGACGAGGAAGCCCGACUCUCGCAGUACGAAGUGAUACGGCAGAUCGGCGCAGGUCGCUUCGGAGAGGUCUUCAUCAUUCGCCACAAAGCGACCAACGCCCUCCUCUGCUGGAAGCUCGUCUUCUACAAGGGGCUGCGGGAGAAGGAGAAGAAGCAGCUCGUUUCAGAGGUCAAUGUCAUGCGGGAGUUGCGUCACGCAAACAUUGUUCGAUACCACGAUCGCAUCGUGUGCCGUUCGCGGCAGUGUCUGUACAUCGUGAUGGAGUACUGCGACGCUGGCGACUUGGCUAAACAGAUCGAGGCCGCCCACAAACACCACGGAGGCAUCGACCAGGAUCGCAUCGUUCUCGUCGUCGUGCAACUCAUCCACGCUCUUGCGUACUGCCAUGAAGGCGUCGGUCAGGAGCGCCGCCGCGUUUUGCAUCGCGAUUUGAAGCCCUGCAACAUUUUUUUGGCUUCGCAUCCGGAGUACCCCGACGAUCCCUCCCGAUGCAUCGCGAAGCUCGGGGACUUUGGGCUGUCGAGACACCUGAACAUGCACUCGAUGGCGCACUCGUGCGUCGGCACGCCCUACUACUGGUCGCCAGAGCUUCUCGAAGACGGCCAAAAGACAUACAACGUCAAGAGCGACAUGUGGGCGCUGGGCUGCGUCAUCUACGAGAUGUGCACAGGAAAGACGCCGUUCGCGCAGGCGCAGACGAUGCCGCAGCUGAAGGAGAGAGUCCGCUCCGGGCCCGUUCUCCCCAUCCCCGGGUUCUCGGAUUCGCUAAAUGCUCUCAUGGCGUCCCUGCUGCAGCCGAAUCCGAACAACAGACCGUCUGCCCUCCAGUGCCUGGGCUACACGAUUUUCCGCGGGUGUCCGUACACUCCGCUUCCGCUGUAUCGCUCUGCAAAUUCCGCGUCGCGCACGCCGCGCGAAGCCUCGCCCGCUCGCGGGUUGCCGCCUGCGUCUGCCACCUCGCACUCUCCCAGUGUCACAUCUGUAAAGUCUUCUGCGUCACCUGCACUUCCGCCGUCUUCUGCUUCGUUUGCUUCGUCUCCUGGCCUCGAAGCCGCGGCUUCUCCCGCGCAGCUGUAUCCGUAUCCGCGUUCUUCCUCAUACACUUCCUUGCCUUCUGGCGCGGCUGCGGGUGGCGCCUGCGCCUCUGAGAACGCACCCUCGCCCCCGUGCGCAGAGGAGAAGUUCCAGGCAAACGCUGCCCGCGCCGGCGUCUACUUUGGCGGGGCAGCGCCUCCUCAUCCUCGGUCUCCCUCCUUCGAGCCGCCGGCGGCGCAGCCUCAGCCGCCUCUGCCUUUUCUGUCUCCGGCGCCGCCCGCCUCCCUGGAGGGGCCCGUGGGCGAGGAGACGAGGCAGUGCGAGAAGGCCCGAGAGCGAACGAAGCGCGCGUCAGCUGCGAUUGCAGCGGCCGCCGCACUCUCGGCCUUCGAGAGUCAGCAGCAAGAGCGAGAGGUGCGCUCGAUGGCGCCUGCGUCAGACCCGUCUGCGCCACUCGCUGCGAUUGAAGAGGAGGAAGAAGACGACGACGGCGGCUGCAGCCCCGCGAGUGUGGGCGGAGCUGCGAGGGCGCCGUGCGCUUCUUUGCCUGUCGGCAGAGAGAGCCGAACGCUCGCGCCCGACGGAGGGGUGGGCCUGCAGCCCGAGCGGCGGGCCCCGCAGACCCGGGAGCGAGCGAUGUCCGCGGAGACCCGGAAGAGAGAAUUCGACGAGGGCAGCUGGGCAGGGCGAAUCCACGAGGACCACGGGGCGCGGCCGCAGGAGCCGACUGAUGGGCAGCGGCUUUCUGCCGGCGUCGCCUCCUUCGUGGAGGCGAGAAGAGCGAAUCUAAGUCAGGAGCGAGAGCCGAUUUUUUUGCCUUCCGCUCGGGAUGGAGUCCCUUCCUCGAGUUCCUCAGGCCUUUCGCGGCGUUGCAGCGAGCCCCCAGCCUCGUUCUACUCUCCUGCCUCUUCUCCGUGGGAGGCGCCCGGCCAACGCCUUCUGGCGGCUUUCGGGCCCUCCAAGACUUCUUCCUCGCGAUCCGUCUCUCCGUCCUCUUCGUCUCUCGCCCGGCGAUCUCUGUCGCGCGAGACAACGCACUCUGCCGAAGACCGUCCAUCUGCGUCUCCCGGGGGGGCAAAUGGAGGCAUCUCGCCGCGCAUUCGCGCGCAAAAGGCUCCCGAGCCCGAUGCGCGGCCGGGCUUCGGCGGCUGGCUAGCUGGCGCGGAGGCAGAGAUGCUGUCGGUGCACGCCAGCCCGCAUCCUACAGGGCCUGCGCACACGCCGCUUUUCUCUGCAGAGCGAAACGCAAGAGACUUGCCCGAGGCAGGCACUCUCCGCGACGUGGGGCCCCACGGCGGGGACGCCGACCGCCACAAGCCCGCGGGAGCUGCAGGCCCAAGCGGCGGAGGACGGGGGAGAGAAGAAAAGGUGGAAGGCGCCGGUGAAGACGCGAGGCGUUUCUCGUAUUGGCCGCCGCCCCAGGAGGCGCGCGAGCGCCACGCGGCUGCGCCUCCGCUGCCUCCGCCCUUCUUGUCUGCCAGGCCGCUCACGCGCAGGAGCUCGACAUACACCGACCUGUCAACUGUCUCUUCCCCAAGUUUCUCGCCUCCCUCAGCACCGGCCUCGACCCGGGCGCGCGGGCCGGGCGCCCCCAGUUCCUCCUCCUCCUCGUCUGCGGCGUCGAGCGCCUACGAUCGGUUUGUCCCGUCGCCGCGCUCCUGGAAAGGAGGUGACAGCGAGAGACCUUUUUUUUCGGCGGCCGCCGCGCCCGCUGUUCACUCUGGGCUCCUCAGCGCCUUCCCCUCCUCUUCUAGUCGUUCCUCCCCUUCCUCGUCGCUGCCCGCGUCAUCUGCCUCCUGCCAGCAGCCGGGGGGGGUAAGCCAGGGGCCUCAGGCGCCGGGGCGGCGCGGAUCGGCUUUUCCAUCUGUCCAUCGACGAGAGUACGAAGAAGAGCACGCCGCCUCCAGCUCGUCUCUCCCCACCCUUCUCUCUCCGCGGUUCCCGCGAUCCGCGGAGCCCGCGCGGACCUCGGGCCCGGGGUCUCUUCGCCCCUCGGAGCGACAGGCUUGGGCUCCACCGCCGGCCUCGGCCGGACACACCUCCUCCGGGCGCCCGCCCUACGGGUCUGCGGGGCCCGGGGGUGGGGUUGGCGCGGGGGGCGAGGAGAGAGGCCGCGGAGACGGCUUCGAGCGACAUGCAUCCGACGUUGCGCUCUCCUCGGGUUUCCGCGUCUCUCAAGAGAGGGAGCGACCUGGAGGCGGAAAGAGCUACGCGGGGGACGGACGAGACGGCGGCAGAACAGACAGCCACGACCGGGACCCCUGCGCGCCAGGGGCUCCACACUCCCACUUGCGCGGCUUUCUGCAGAGCGAAACGCAGCCUUUCAUGGAACGGAAAGAGGCGCAGCCGGAGUGGAUCAGCCAGACGACGUCCUCGGGUUUCGCACCUGUCUCUCCGCGGCUCGCGCCGGCGGGGGACGGUGUCGCGGGCGCCCCCAGGGCCGCAAGCUUUACCCACGCGUCUGCGGGGUUCCAUGAGACGCCGACAGACUCAGACCCGUAUGCGGAGCGAGCCGCGAUGGGAAGGCACUGCUUCCAUCCCGCAGGGGCGACCGAAGGCGGUGCGAUGGCCUCACGAGCCCAGGCCUCUCUGGGCGACUGCGCGCCCAUGUCUCGCCGCGUGAGCGCGCCGGUGUCUGGAGACUCUCUGGAGGGGCAGGUGGGCCUCUGUCGAUUCGGGUCUUCGACAGAGUUUCAGCUAGGUCGAAAUGCGCGCGAAGACGAUGGGAGAAGUCCGCUUUUUGGUGGGACGUCAGAGGCGCAUGCACCGCACGCGGAAUCGCACUUGGGAGCUCCACGGUCGUUAACGGGUUUUUCUCAGCGGAAGGUUGGAGGGUAUCCCUCGCCGCGCGUGCAGACUGAGAAGCUCUUGCAAAAGAAGAGUGAGCGGUGGUUUGAAUUCGGUGCUCAAGAAACGGACGCCUUCCGCCCGCAGCUGCCGGGAAAGAUGAAAGGCCUGCGGAAGCGCGAGAGCGUACCGCCGAGUUACGGCUCCUCCUUCCCGAGCAAAGAUUUCCAAGUCUACUCGUCGCCAGACUCACAGAGUUUCAACACAGCUGAGCUGCCCUCCAUGCGGCAAGCAAGGCCUAUGGGCCUAGCCUCACCGAGGGUGCCCGAGCGGACUAGCCCGGCUGCGGAUCUCGAGGCCCCGGGCUUCUCCUUCGCGCCGCGAGCGGGUCACGAGGAGGGAUCGCAGUUUUCGUUUGAGGCCCACUCUGAAGUGUUGUCACGGAGAGAAGGAGACAGGGACAAAGAGAACCUCGCGCCCAAGGCCAGCAGGCACGUCCCUUUUGCGGGGCCCUGUGUGCCGCAGCCCGACGUCUUGUGCUUCUCGGAUCCGAGUUCGCUUGGAAAAAAGGGAGAGGCUCUGCGCUCUGAUAACUUCUUAUGCAACGCGUCCGCGGAUCGCGCCCCUAUGAGGUACCGGGAGUCUCCGUUUGCUUCAGUCCCCGACGGCCCGUCGCAAGUGGGCGGAGAAGGAGGCUCCGCAGAAAGUGGGCACUCGUGGGUCAAUGCCCCCCCAGAAACUACUUGGAAACUGCUCAUGCCGCCGCAGGAGCGGCCUUUCCGUCCUCGCUCCUCUCUGGCUUCGGCGACGGGCAGAUGA